GCCUCAGCAGCAGGUGACUGGGCGGGAGCGCGCGCUGAGUGGUUGUUGCGCGGCCCCGCUGCCUGACAGAGAGGGAGAGAGGAUUGUCGGUGAUCGGGGGACGGGCGGCCUCAUCCUCCGCCACAUAAGUCCUCUCCAUCCUCAUGGCCUCCCGAGCACCCUCCUAACCCGCAACACAGGGCCCGGAGAUCCCGGGGACACCGACAACCGGAGGAGAGUGCGACGAGCACCGCCGGGAAGAUGGCGGAGAGGCUGGAAUGGGUAGAAAUCAUAGAGCCCCGGACCCGAGAGUGUAUGUACGCCAAUCUGAUCACGGGGGAGUGCGUAUGGGAUCCACCAUCCGGCGUCCGGAUAAAACGUACCAAUGAGAAUCAGUGGUGGGAACUAUUUGACCCAAAUACGUCACGAUUCUACUACUACAAUGCUAGCACCCAGAGGACAGUCUGGCACCGGCCACAAAACUGUGAUAUUAUCCCCUUAGCCAAACUACAGACACUGAAACAGAACACAGAGUCCCCCAGGGCAUCUACUGAGAACAGCCCGGGCCGGGGCAGCAACAUCAGCCGGGAAGGAAGCACCAGCUCAUCCCUGGAGCAAGAACUGGACGGAGGAGACAAGUGCCCAGAGCAAGUGAAAACCAAUCGACAUUCAGCUCCGUAUUUUGUGGUUAAAGAGGACACAGACAGGACCUCCUCCCUCAGAUGGAACACCGGCACCAAAGAGAGAAUGCUGAUCAAAGUGACGGACCGGGAGCCCAGCUUCCUGAUGCACCAGGGAAAUGGUUACACCACCACCGACAAUUCACAAGGAACCCGUACUCGCCGGCCGUCAGGGGGACAGCCAUCACCCAUCAUGCAGACGUUCUCAGUCGAUACGGACAACUCUGUCUUUUUUCCAGAUAGGAAGCAGUCACCGUAUAUGAAAAGAGCGGAGCACGUCGGUUCUUGUUCCCCAUUACUUGGACGCGGGGAAUCAUUCUGCACCUUACAGUCCCAACACAGGAAGCAUUCCAAUGAGUCCCAGCCGUCUUCUCCUCGCUACGCCUAUGAGCCCCCACUGUAUGAGGAGCCUCCCAUGGAGUAUCAGGCUCCCAUCUAUGAUGAACCACCCAUGGAGAUGCAAUACGAUGCUAGUGGAAACUACAGAGCAAUGUCCCCUCAAAAAUCCCCUAUUCGCAAACCCCAUACUUUUCUUCAGUCUCCAAAGCAGGCCUCCAACUCUCCGUACCAACAGCUUGUGCUGACCAAACAGAAAUGCUCUGACAGGUUCAUGAGUCUGGAUUACAGUCCCGCAGGCAAGGAAUAUGUCCGCCAGCUAGUGUAUGUAGAACAGUCUGGAUCCAGCCCAAAGAUAAAAACUGGUUUAAGGCAUAAAUAUACACCGAACACAAUAGGCGGGUCAUACUCAUUGCAACACAAUCCUCUGUACAUGAGGGACCAGCGUUUUGAAGUUAAGUCUGGAGACUACAGUAGUAUGGAAGGUUCAGAUGUGCGACAAAGUCAGCAACAGCAUCCGUUCCAGUCAGAAGAUUCCAUGUCUUGGUCCAGUCAGCAGGACACCAUGUCCUCCGCCAGCUAUUCUCCCAACACCAGGAAAAGGAAAAGCAGAAAGCCUUCUUUGUCUCUAGAACCUAACCCAUCUCCAUCCGAAGGGUCAUCCGAGGGGCACAAUGAGCAGGGUAUGAACGAGGAAAGGCCUUCAUCUAUGCCAAACCGGCCACUCAUGAGUCGAACAGAGAGCCGGUCAUCGGAGGCAGACAUGCAUCGGGCCUCUACGGAGGCUUUCAUGGCGCAGGCCCGGCUCGCCUGGGAGGCCCAGCAGGCACACUUCCACAUGAAACAAAGAAGCAGCUGGGAUUCUCAGAAGGAUGGCUCUGGCUAUGAGAGCGAUGGUGCAGUGCCUUUACCUAUGCCUGGUCCGGUGGUUAGGGCUUUCAGUGAGGACGAAGCACUCGCACAGCAAGACAGCAAACACUGGAAGAGAAGCACCUUUGAAAAACUUGGCUUUCCACAAAUACUACUGGAAAAAAGCGUGUCCGUUCAGACUAACCUGGCGUCUCCAGAACCAUAUUUACACCCAUCUCAGUCUGAAGACCUCGGUGCCUGCGCUCAGUUCGAGAAUAGUCGAAACAACAGGAACAUGAUGCCCAGUUCCAGCUGUGUCUUCCCGACCUUCACCUUGAGGAAACCUUCUUCUGAGACCGAUAUCGAGAACUGGGCCUCCAAGCAUUUCAACAAACACACGCAGGGUCUGUUCCGGCGGAAGGUGUCCAUUGCCAACAUGCUGGCCUGGAGUAGCGAGUCCAUUAAGAAGCCCAUGAUAAUGACUUCUGACCGCAACGUCAAGAAGGAGGCCUGCGAGAUAUUCAAGCUCAUUCAGAUGUACAUGGGAGACCGCAGAUCCAAGACAGACCAGCUCAGCGUCGCCUUAGAGAUCGCCACCAAAGGGUGGAGCAUGCAAGGACUGAGGGACGAGCUUUACAUCCAACUGUGCCGCCAGACCACCGAGAACUUCCGCUAUGAAAGCCUGGCCCGGGGCUGGGAGCUAAUGACCAUUUGUUUGGCCUUUUUCCCACCAACUCCUAAAUUUCAUUCUUAUUUGGAGGGAUAUAUAUAUCGACACAUGGACCCGGUGAACGAUACAAAAGUGAAUCGUCACAUAAAAGAACUUCUGGAAAGAACGAAGAAAUCUAAAAUGAGAAAGAAACCAAAGCCUUAUAUUGAAGAUCGUGAUGGAGUGGCGAUCAGCACCUAUGCCAAAUACUGUUACAGGAAACUCCAGAAGGCGGCCUUGUUGGGAGCGAAAAAGGGAUUGAAGAAGCCGAACAUUGAGGAAAUCAAGCACGCCCGCAAUGCCGUGUUCAGUCCCUCCAUGUUCGGCAGCUCCUUACAGGAGAUCAUGAAUAUGCAGAAAGAGAAAUAUCCUGAAAGGCAGUUGCCCUGGGUACAGACCCGGCUCUCCGAGGAGGUUUUGGCUUUGAAUGGCGACCAAACUGAGGGCAUAUUCAGGGUUCCUGGAGAUAUAGAUGAAGUAAAUGCCCUAAAGCUGCAAGUGGAUCAAUGGAAGAUUCCAACCGGCCUAGAAGACCCGCAUGUUCCAGCGUCUUUACUAAAACUGUGGUACCGGGAGCUGGAGGAGCCUCUGAUUCCUCACGAAUUCUAUGAGGAGUGCAUCACCCACUAUGAGAAUCCGGAGGCGGCCAUUGCAGUUGUGCAUUCGCUCCCAAAACUGAGCAAGAUGGUGCUGUGCUACCUCAUCCGCUUCCUACAGGUAUUUGUACAGCCAGCCAAUGUGGCUGUCACAAAAAUGGACGUCAGUAAUCUAGCCAUGGUUAUGGCACCAAACUGUCUGCGCUGCCAGUCGGACGAUCCGCGUAUCAUCUUUGAGAACACCAGGAAAGAAAUGUCCUUCAUCCGGGCUCUGAUCCAGCACCUGGACACAAGCUUCAUGGAGGCAGUUCUAUAGCAGAUUGUGACGCCCCCCCCCACACCCAGGACAAGCGAAUACAGGAAUAUUGUUGUGUGACUGUCACUACUGUCAUCUCAUUAUUCCAGGAGAGGUCUCCGCUCCCACCGCAUUCUCAUCCUGUACACUAAAACAUGGAGUGAAUGAUUCAUCUGCUGUGGCAAUAAGGACCCAUCACUCCUCCACCACCUUGGACCAAAGUUGCAGCAUAUGGCCCUGCAAAGCAUGAUGGGAGUGCAGGACACUGUGACUGCAGGGUUUAAUGUGUUACGCGUACAUGUGCCAGAGUUGUGAGGCAUGUCGUGUUUUGUGACUGGCGCCGCAGCACAUUUAAUGUGGCUGCUCCCUAAGGAGGGAUUUCCAUUAGCGAGCUUAUAAAAUAAGCCGUCGCCUCAACCUUGAGUUGAUCUACUGUCCCUUGUCAUACAUAAAUCAGUGCUGCCCUCCAUAGAUCCAUGGCACUGGCUCCUGGUGUUAGGCUACAGGUAUGAACAGAUGAGUGAAGGCUAAAAGGUAUGAACAGAUGAGUGAACACUAAAGAAAGGUAUGAAGAGAUCAGUGAACACUAAAGAAAGGUAUGAACCGAUGAGUGAAGGCUAAAAAAGGUAUGAAGAGAUCAGUGUACACUAAAGAAAGGUAUGAAGAGAUCAGUGAACACUAAAGAAAGGUACGAAGAGAUCAGUGAACACUAAAGAAAGGGACGAAGGGAUCAGUGAACACUAAAGAAAGGUACGAAGAGAUCAGUGAACACUAAAGAAAGGGACGAAGAGAUCAGUGAACACUAAAGAAAGGGACGAAGGGAUCAGUGAACACUAAAGAAAGGGACGAAGGGAUCAGUGAACACUAAAGAAAGGGACGAAGGGAUCAGUGAACACUAAAGAAAGGGACGAAGAGAUCAGUGAACACUAAAGAAAGGGACGAAGAGAUCAGUGAACACUAAAGAAAGGGACGAAGAGAUCAGUGUACACUAAAGAAUGGUAUGAAGAGAUCAGUGAACACUAAAGAAAGGUAUGAACUGAUGAGUGAAGGCUAAAAAAGGUAUGAACAGAUCAGUGUACACUAAAGAAAGGUAUAAAGAGAUCAGUGAACACUAAGGAAAGGUAUGAAGAGAUCAGUGAACACUAUAGAAAGGUAUGAAGAGAUCAGUGUACACUAAAGAAAGGUAUGAACCGAUGAGUGAAGGCUAAAAAAAGGUAUGAACAGAUCAGUGUACACUAAAGAAAGGUAUGAAGAGAUCAGUGUACACUAAAGAAAGGUAUGAAGAGAUCAGUGUACACUAAAGAAAGGUAUGAAGAGAUCAGUGUACACUAAAGAAUGGGAUGAACCGAUGAAUGAAGGAUAAAAAAGGUAUGAACAGAUCAGUGUACACUAAAGAAAGGUAUGAAGAGAUCAGUGUACACUAAGGAAAGGUAUGAAGAGAUCAGUGUACACUAAGGAAAGGUAUGAAGAGAUCAGUGUACACUAAGGAAAGGUAUGAAGAGAUCAGUGUACACUAAAGAAAGGUAUGAAGAGAUCAGUGAACACUAAAGAAAGGGAUGAACAGAUCAGUGUACACUAAAGAAAGGUAUGAAGAGAUCAGUGUACACUAAAGAAAGGUAUGAAGAGAUCAGUGAACACUAAAGAAAGGGAUGAACAGAUCAGUGUACACUAAAGAAAGGUAUGAAGAGAUCAGUGAACACUAAAGAAAGGGACGAAGAGAUCAGUGAACACUAAAGAAAGGGACGAAGAGAUCAGUGUACACUAAAGAAUGGUAUGAAGAGAUCAGUGAACACUAAAGAAAGGGAUGAACAGAUCAGUGUACACUAAAGAAAGGGAUGAACAGAUCAGUGAACACUAAAGAAAGGUAUGAAGAGAUCAGUGUACACUAAAGAAAGGUAUGAAGAGAUCAGUGUACACUAAAGAAAGGGAUGAACAGAUCAGUGAACACUAAAGAAAGGUAUGAAGAGAUCAGUGAAUACUAAAGAAAGGUAUGAAGAGAUCAGUGAAUACUAAAGAAAGGUAUGAAGAGAUGCUAGUUAAGGCGCUGAACUGUUGUCAUUAUACAUUUAUUACUGAGCAGGCUGGAGUACGGUGCUGUCUGUAUCCACAAACCAGUGGGUGCUAUAAUAAACAACCGUAAUGUGUAUAUAUAGGGUGCAAGACCACGUAAAAAAAAGACCACAAAGUGAUCAUACAUUAACAAAUGACCUUCCAAAUAAGGUCACAACUUUAUUAGACACCAACAUAUAUAGACAUGCUCCUCUAAUGGACAUUGAAUGACAUGAAUAAUAUUAACCACAACGUGUGCAAUAUGAUUCAAAGCAUUUAAAACAGUAGGUACUGACACUACCUGGUCCGACCGUGUUCAGGUCAGGACCACACUGAUCGCCAUAUUGAUUGCUGGGUCUCUAUAAGUACACACAAUACUGGUUAUCAUUGUUUGACAUUACAUAGGGAAUCUUUUCUUAGUGCAUGAAAUUCGCCCAGUGAAUUGGAGCCCUGACCUGAACAUGGCCCAGACCAGGCAGGGUCAGUACAUUUUUUUUGUACAAAUUUUUAAUUGUAUUGCACAUAUAUUGGUUUAGAUUAUAGAUGUGAUUCCAUGUUUGACUGCGCAGCUCCCAUAAAAAGAUGUAUAUGUGUUUAUAUAUAUAUAUCUUUCUUUUUACUUCAUCUGCUUGGUGUGCUGUGUAUAUAUAUAUAUGUAUAUAUA